UUUCUGUCUUUAUCUGAGACAUUUAUAGCAUGUCACGCAUGCCCAGAAUAAGAACCUUCUUGUUUCCCAUGUUGAUUUCUCACGACUCAAUUUUCGAACGGUUUCUUCUAUGUUUUCGAUAUAUGAAUAUCGAUUAGUCUUAAGUCUCUGUUUAUAUGAUCGUGGUAUAGUAUAUAUUUUCUAAAUUCCUUAGGGAAAGACAGUAAUUUUAUUGAUAAAGUUGCUUAAACUGGUAUACAUGCUGAUAUGUAACUAGAUAUAGUGAAAACGUGUUUGCUGUGUUUGACGUGAGACGAGAGUAGAAAAAUAUUGGAAACAAUGGCGGACGAAGAAUUACCAGCGGGUUGGGAAAAACGUUUAAGCAGAUCUACUGGACAACAUUAUUAUUUAAAUGUUUAUACUAAAGAAAGUCAAUGGGAUAGGCCAGAUAAACCAGCUGAUCCAUCUGGAAAUAAUAAAGGAGAUGGUCCAGAAGAAGUUCAAUGUUCUCAUUUGUUAGUAAAACAUUCAGGUUCUAGAAGACCAUCUUCCUGGCGAGAAGAAAAUAUCACAAGAUCAAAGGAAGAAGCUCUUGAACUUAUCAAAUCUUACAGAGAACAAAUUGUGUCUGGAAAAGCAACAUUUGCUGAACUUGCUUCAAAGUAUAGCGAUUGUAGUUCAGCCAAGCGAGGUGGGGACUUGGGACCAUUUAGUCGAGGUGCAAUGCAAAAGCCUUUUGAACAAGCAGCAUUUGCUCUCAAAGUUGGUGAAUUGUCUUCACCAGUUCACACAGAUAGUGGUAUUCAUAUCAUUCAGCGAACAGCAUAAAAUACAAUAACCUCCAAUAAAGUAUUAAAUUCUUUAAAAAAAAUUUCCCUCAGUUUUGCCGAUAAAAUAUGCCCACAAGGUAGGAAAUUUUCAUAAUUGUAUUCAGAAUUGCAUAUGUUUGCUUUCAUGAUGAACAAUUUUUUAUCUAAGGAUAAGGUGUAAAUUAUAUUUUCUUCUCAUAAUCCAAUGUCCAGUUAUAUAUUUAUGUCUUCCAGCAAUUUUAGCCCAAGUAGUAUAUUAUAAAAUUUUUAUUCAAUAAUGUGUGCAUACAGUGAAAACAACAAAAAUUUUUAUGAAUGAUACAAGAUAAAAUAGAUAAACUUUAUGUACACCUUUAACAGUAUCAUUUAAUCUAAUUUGCUAACCUUACAUUCCUUAAAAGUAAAAAGAUAAGCAAUGAUUAGAUUAACAAACUUUUUUGGUUUUUAUUGGUUUUUAUUUCAUGUAAAAUAUAAAGUAUUUCAUAAAAAAAGAAACAAAUAUUUAAAUUUCGAUUCUUUUCCUUUUCUAGUUUAUUCUAAUGUAAAAAGCAUUUAUUCUUCUUUUACAUUGAUCCAGUGCAUCAAUUAUCAUAAGUCUUAAUGUGAAUAUUUGUGAACAACACAACUAAGAAGCAUGAAAAACGAAUUUUGUUACAUUCUCUUGUAUUACAGUGAAAAAUGUUUUAUUAAUCUUAAAUUAAAUUGCUAAAUAAAUUUCAAAUGAAAUGGUUUAAUCUGCAAAUAAGAUGAAUUUAACAUUAAUAAAAUAAAAUACAAAUAUGUAUAAUUACGAAGUUUUUGCUCAAACACGGACAGCUAUUCAUAUCAUAAUUUUAGUAUUAUUGCAGCUUAUUUUAUAAAUAGAUAUACUACUUUUUAUUAUUCAGAAGACAUUUAUAUACAAUUUAGUUCAAGCAUUUUUAUUUAUGUUUAUUUCAGUUCUUAUUAUAAACAAUUUUCUUUAAACACUAAACAAUAUAGAAAUAUGUAUGUUCCUAAAUUUUGUUAGAUGUUGUAAACGUGUCAUUAAAAAUAGGGUCAUUUAAAAUCAAUUAAUGAUAAAUUUUAAUAAAUAUAAGUUACAUACAGUUUUUAUUUUAUUUUAGUAGUUUUGCGAAAAAAAGUUCUUAAUUCAAACGCGAUAUAAAAGAAAUCUGUUCAGAGAUUAUAACAUUCUCAAGUUUUCUAGUCUACCAUCCAUACUGAGAAUUUGCUGUAUUUCUAAAAACUGUGAAUAUUUGUGGAAUACAUUCUACUUAUUAUGUUAAGUUAUAUGUGUUAUAAUUGUUACAAUUAUUUCUUAUUGUUUAGCUUACAAUGCAUUUAAUUUAGUCUAUAUGUAUGUACAAUAUGUAUGUGUGGCUUUGUUCCUGAAAGAUGUAUUAUGAAGUAAAAUUAAUGCAAAUACACAAUACAAUGCAUUUAUCUAAAUCAAUGAAACAGCACGUUUAAAUUAAAAUUAAUUAGGCAUAUACGAAUCCUAAUUGCUUUUUUAAUACAUAUAAUUAUUACAUGAGCGUUUAUGCACUUUGUUUUUAAUAAAAUCGUUACUUAUGAAUAAACUGCUAUUUUCUCAAUAGUAAUGAUGAUAAAUGCAUUAUUCUAUUAAAAAAUGUAUUCAAAAAGAACUACGAGAAACAAUGAAAUAUAUGCAACAAACAUUACGAUGCAGUUUGUUUAUUUGUGUCCUGAAAUGACCGAAUAAUCGAAAUUGUAGCUUUUUCUUAAUAUGAAUGAAAAAAAUGACUGUGAUCAUAGGUUACUGCAUCACCUUGAUAGUUUCGGUUUAAUUAUUCAAUGCCGAAUUGUUAAUGUACACGCUGUGAGCGUAUUACGUUAUCUAUUAUUUGUAUAUACCGUCCUACAACCAAAGGAAAUCCGUUAUUCAAUCACUUCCCUCUCAGUUGGGAACCCCACAUGAAGCUUGUUUUAAAUCAUUAUAUAAUCACAAGUAUGAGCAUAUAUUCGUUUGUACUAAGGGGUCAGAAUAUGAUUGGCACAAUAUUCUAGAGGACGUUGCAUAUCUACAAUGUUGUAUACGCUUUAAAUAUAAACGAUUAUCGCGGUUCAGUAGGUCAGCUUAAAGGUGACAAGCUUGUACUACGUUCUUUUUAAAUCACUUUCUUUUAGUAAAACAAUAGAUGAAAAUUUUUGUUAAUUAAGAAUUAGACUCUUAGAAAAAAGAUACUUAUUUGUAAGAAAUUGGAGUUAAGAUGACUAGAGCCAAAUACAUCUUUACUAGUGGACAAUCGAGGAAGUGCAAUAUAUUGUCUAUUAUCAGUUGCAUUAUGUUUAUAGUUUGCUAGAAUGUAUUGUCAACGUAUGACAUAACUUGGUUGUUUGUAUCACAGUCCGUGCCUUAUCUUCCCUGCUUUGCUUAUAUUGACAAAAUACGUUGCAGUAAUAAUAAAUGACAAACAUAACUCUUAUAUUCAGGAGUACCUAUAUAAUAUUAAAAAAGUAUGUAUAUUGUCGCAUGGAUGAUUUUCGGCACAGAAGUCGUAGACGCUUAACAAACAGAUUUAUAGUGAGCCUUAUAUAAUCGCAUAAAAAUUUACACACAUACUUAAGCAUCUUUAAGAAAGCAUGAGACAAGUUACGCCGCUUACACUAGAAUAACGUGUUAGUACCUAUAAAAAAAAACAGUAAAAAUAAAACAAGGUUAAUGUCAAGUAAAAAUUUUAGUCGCUGAGUAAAGCCACACGUGCAUUUGCGCGCGUUGUUUGAAUUCGUCAUACGAUAAAUUUCUUAAUCGUGUGAAAAUGUUUAUUAAUAGGUGCUCUACGUUUCUAUGAAAAGUCGAUAAAAAAGAGAAACUUCUUUAAUGCAUUUUCCCCUAGUAAUGUAAGCGUAUCGAUAUUCAUUGCAGUGCAUUGUUUUAAUGAGCUACCUAAAAUUAAGGAAUCAGAAAAAUUAUUCCUCGAGUUUUCCAUACGAUGAUCAACGAUGAUCUAUUUUAACCUUGGGCAAGUUCAAGUUACGUCAUCGAUGGAGAGCUCGCAAAUAAUUUCCGUGGAUGGUUCGUGACCGGCAAGUACCAUGGCAACACGGACAGACAAGAAUUUUCCGGCAUGUAACGAUCAAGUGGACCUACGAUCACAUCGGAUAAUCACUUUGAAGCUAGAGGUGGGGAAUCGUGGCAGUCGAAGAGCGCGGGGUAAGUGACGCGUGCGCUGAAACGCUUCUCUACAUAAAUAUCGCAGCCACGCUCCUACGGUAGUAAUACGGACCGUGCUAUCAGACGCUCGUUGCCUUCAUGGCCUUUUAACUCUUUCCAACAACACAACACGAUAGGACGCAACGCGCAACUCCGUUUUACAGUCAUCGAUCAAACGAUCAGCCAGAAUACCAGCACUCUGCACGAUCGCUGGACCAGCGAUAACACCGUGACGGUCAGGAUUAAACCGGCAGUUGAAGUAGUGGAAGUAAGACACUGACCUACAUCGUUAAAAUAGAAGUUGUCGAAUUGUAUGAAAUUUUCAUUCAGGAUAUCGACGGUUUGCAUUUCAACCGAUUGAACCAUGCUCCAAUGAACUACGUGAAAUAUGAUAUAGCAUCUAGUGCAUUCAAAUAUACGCGCUCAGCCACGAUAGUGAUUACUAUGAUUCCGGGAACCGUGUUUCAUAUGGGGAAAGAAAAGCAGAUACAGGACAUAAUGUUUUGCGACAUUAAUCGUUAAUACGCCGAUUUAACGUGUUUCUAAGAAUCGCGAUUUAUUUCUAACUGUAAUUGACUAAUGUCUUAUUCCUGCAUAAUUCGCGUGGAAAAUUUUUUUUGUAGUUAUCUUAUCCAUUAGUCGAUUGUUCUUUGCAUGCAAUGCAUUUAAGCCAUCUCAAGGAUAAAACCAUCUCAUUUAUUUCGAUUCAUAAAGUAUGAUCAUUUCUUCUAUCUUUUUUAACGAUUAGCUUACUUUUAUGUAUUUUCCAUUUCCAGAAUUAAGAACACCUUGUUUCAUUGGGAUUACUCUUAACCCCAUUACGGUGCAAUAAAAUAAUGAAAAAUUCAGAACGAACGAUUUCGAAAAUAAUUAUCUCUUUAUCUUCAAAAUUUUCUGCAUUUCUGCUAUCAGAUACAAAAACAUACAUACAUAUUUUCGAUUUUUCACAAAAGGAAUUUGUAGAAAAUAGUUAGAGUUUCUGUCCAAUUAAACUGUGAAAGGACUAAUAAUCCUCCCUGAUUAUUUUAAUUACUUUGUCACACGGAUCUUUUGGAUCUAACAAUUUCACAGUACGUAAUGAAUUAUAAUAUAGUAUUUACAUUUGCAAGGAGUAAAACAAAUUUAACCGUUGAGUCAUUUUCAUUAAGUUUCUAGUUGGAGGACAAACUAGUUAACAAGUUAAAUAGUGUAUAGACGUAAAUGUUUUUCUUGGUAAUUUCAUGAUUAUAACAAACAUGUGUGUCCGGUAUUAUGUUGGAAACCAUGUGGUGGUGUCAUUAAAACAUCACCGAUGUUUUCUCGCGUAUUAAGUGUCGUGAGAACCAUAUUCGAUACUUAUAUUUACCUAUAUGUCCGCGUCUCUGUAACUCAACUGAUGGUGUUGGUAACGAACAACAACUUCCGUAAACAGUUUAACCAGUUUGACUUAACCAGUUUUCUACGCUUUGAUAAGCCUUUAUCUUUUAUGGAUUAAUUUCAUCCCGUAUUACUAAGUGUUGAUCGCGGGUAAAAAUAGAAUAACAAAAAUAUUUCUUAGUAAAAAUCAGCUUCUAUGAAUGAAACUUUACUCUAAAUUAAAUAAAAAGAAAAAUGAAAGUUAAUGUUUUUGAGAUAACUGAUUAAUUAUUUUAAUCGAACUUUAAACAAAAAAAGAUGGAAAUAUAUGUUAAAUAAUAUUUGUUAACGAUACCUUUGAGUUAAUAUGUUUAAUUAAUUUGUGUUUACUUUAUAAAAUGAUGAAAUGACAAGGGCAUCAUAUGUUAAUAGCAUGAGUAUUAUGUUAAUUAGCCAAGACUGUUUUAGACACAGAAAUGUGAUUGGGAAGUGGAAUUCUUCUAGGUUGUUUGUGAAUAUUUCAAGGUCAUAUCCAUUCCUGAAUAAAACAUCUUCAUUGUUCAUAAAGCCUGAGAAUUAUUCCAUGUAUUUUGAGGUAAAUACAAGCUUGAAAAAAUAUUUAAAUUAAUUUGAAAUAGUUCAUCACACAUUAACGACACUCUGUUGUAUUUAAUUAUCACGGAAUAUAGUAUACACUAUUGCUUUCUAAUUCGUUAUAUAAUGUAACAAACACGGACUAUGGUGUAACUAGUUUGUAGCGAGACUUAUUAAUCGAAGGCAUUACUUAAAUCGUGUAUAACCAUAUAUACUCGAUAAGUAUUCAACAUCGAUCUGUUCCUUUGUUUCGUAUGAAAACUGUCAUUCUACAAAAUAGACAUAUAUUUUCAUCUAAUCUAAUUAGAUAAUUUCAUACACCCGUUGUACCUACAGUAGCGUCCAAAAGUUUCGUCAGUCAAAUAGAUUUUCCAUUUUAUAUAUUGAAAAUGAUAUUUUAAAGAAUUCGGCUAAUAUUACAUAACAGUGUCUAUUACACUAUUUUCCUUUGCUCAUCAUAACAUAACCUUACAUUUGAUAUUAACAAUAAUUCUUUACAAUAAAAUAUAAAAUGAAAAAUCCAUUUAACUGACAAAUUUUUGCAUGUCACUGUACUACAUGAAGUGUUAAUAUCGGGUUAAUGUAUGGCCAAGAAAAAUAAUUCGCAAAAACCAAGCCAAGGCGACUGACAGACGUGAAGGAUUUACACGCACGUGACUCUUUUUUUUCGUUCUACGCGGCACACUGAACCCAUGUGAGGCCGCGAAUCCACAUAAUGACGGAGGAUUGGGUCAUCGGGUCUGGUGAAUCGCGUGGAUAUGUUUUCGCAAGUUUCCAUGACGAUAGAACGUCGACAGUGAAUCGAUCCAACGUUCUUUCGUAUUAACAAGAAUGGAAGUGAUAGCAGUGGGGGCCGCGGUAACACGUGUAAUCAUCGGACGACGCGUGUUUGUUCCGAAAACUAAAGAAAGUGUGUCGCCAGACUGUUGCAAACGCUCCGUAAUCAUAACAGGCCUGCGAUCGUCUAUUCAGACACGAACACGCUUCAGAAAUAUUGUAUUAUCUGCCAUCUUGACGAGCGGAUUACAGAGAUUAUUGUGUGUUUCGUGUGGUAACUUGCGCCCUUUGCUGUAUAAUGGUCAUUGUGUGCAGAAAUUUCUAGAUCGGCUCAUGAAAGUAUUUUUUUGGAUGGAAAAUGGGUUCAUCGCAAUUUUAUCGUUUGAUUGAUUGCAGUAAAGAAGGAAUAUAAUAAAAAUAGAAGAUUCAGUCGGCUACGUCCAAUUAAAUAUUUCUUUAACACGUUAGUGAAUAAAUUACGAAAGUUUUCAUGAAGGAGAUUCUUUCGUUACUUUUGUUAGUGUAUUAUUAAUAUAUAUUACGAGAUAAGAUAAUUCGUAAUUUUGGUAAUACAUAGUGCUAAAGGAUGACAUAGUUGCAGGAAAUUUAUUUUGCGAUUUUAGCUGUGUUCCACUGAUCUUCUUAAGCAAAUAAUAUCUAGGGUGGGUCACUACUCUGUUCACCUAAAAUAUCUCUGCUAUUUUAAAUGUCAAGAAAACGCAAAUAAUACUGUUCAACGAAGGAACCAAUUUCAAAGAAAGAAAUAAAUUUCAAUUACAAUUGAUCAAAAUAAUUACAAUUUCGUAUCAAAUUUUCUAAGAAAAUUAUUUAUCUUAAUAUUUGUUCUCCAAUGAAAAUAGAAGUAUUGUGACAUACAUUUGUCUUCGACUGGACCGCUCAACUUUAAAGUAGGAGAUUAAAGAGUUUGGAAACAUUCUGAAACAAUCCCUGUUUCAAUUAUAAUAGCUUAGUUUCGAAAUCGAAAGUGUAUACGUAUAUAUGAUAACAUAUCGAAUGCCACGAUUUGCAGUAAUACGUUUUGUUGAACAUGGUGUAAGGUGUAAUCGAUCGUCCAUAGGUACAAAGAUGUAGAACGUUCUCAUUUAAACUCUUCGAAAAUAGAAGGAAAGUAUCGACUGUUCUGAAAGCAAUGUUAUUUCUUUAUGAUACAUUUCUCUAAUACAUACAAGACAAGGACUCAACGAUAUUCAAUUUACGAAUUUAAUACUAUUACACUAAUCUAUUACUAAGCUUAUUUUUCUUACCAGUGUAUAUUUGUUAAAUAACUGACUUAUCAAACGAUCAUUUUAGAUAUAUCGUCGUUAUCAUUGAAUUUUGAAAUGGAAAAUUUGUUAAAAGCAAGUUAACAAAGAUUACGUUUGACCUUUAAGACAACAAACAAAUUUUUGUACACACAAUUCAGUGUUUGAAAAUUUAACAUUUUAGUCGAGAACAAAAGAUAUGAAAAUAGAUUCGAUAUCUUUGGAAGGAUUUCCCAUACUUCAAGCGUACAACUAUCACAUUCGUCCUUGCUUAAAUCUUAUCAAUGAGCAAAUAUUGUCUUCUCGUAAGAUUCUUAACUGUAAAACCUACAUACUUAUCAUUAUGUUUACAGAAUAGAGAAUAACAAAUUCAAUUGUUCCAAAACAGAUGAAAUCUACGCCUCUUAAUCACAUACUUUUAAUCUUAUCGUUGAAUAAAUAUUGUUUCUUUUCUAAUGACAACCCAAUAUCAGAAAAAUAGGUAUACGUUCGAUUAUAUCAGUAUUUUUAUAUGUAGAAAGUAGAAAAUCACAUGGCAAUGAACGCAUGCAAGAAUGCAUAAGAUUGCGGUGCGAUGUCCCACGUGGAAUACGAACUUUCAUUCUAAUCGAAUGAGCAUCUUGAGGAUGACGAGAUGUUUCCGCGUCGCACUUCUACCCGGAAGCCAAAUGCACUUUCAAUCUAGUGCACUUCGGACCGAAAACUAUUUUCGUUGGUUUAGAACGUCAGUUGAGCUAUAUGCAAUAUGUUCACCUGCCAAUUGCAUUUGGCAAACUUUAACGCUCACUAUGAUCGCACUUGUAUCUAUCUCAACGCCGGAUAAAUUCUCGAAAUGUUACAUUAUUCGAAUUAAGUUGUACAUUAUCUCAAUAUCAUCACAUUUAUUUAUAUUGUACUGAAUGUUAGCUUAACUUACAUUAUUUUUCAGUUUCAGUAAUGUACUGCCUUUUUCUCCUAGAAUUAUCAUAGCAUCAUAUCUUUAAUAGCUAAGGAAAUGAAAUGUUGGGUCAUGGUCAAUUUCUCCUCUAUAACGCAAGAACUUACAAUUAAACACGUAAUAAUAAACAUCUGAAAAUGUAAAUUGAAGAUCUUAAAAUAAAUAGAAGCUAUAAUUUCAAUUGCCAAUAACAUUCAAUUCGGUAUACUCAGAGUCUCAUAUAUUUUACUUCACUGAAGUAUUUUAUUAUUUCUUAAAAGAUAUCGAUUGAACAUUUAUGGGGUAUAUGUUUAAAGCUAGUAACUUCUUAAAUAUGUAAAAAUGGAAAAUUGAUCUCAAUAGGAGAAACCGUUUAAAAUGCUAAAAAAUAAUUUUACAAGAUAUUACGAUACAUUUAAUUUGAUCAUUGAGAUAGUUCUUGAUGUGCUGGAGAUAUCAACGAAAUAAAUGAUGGUUGAGUUCCUUCGUUAAUUAAAUGUGUAAUUAAAUCAUUAGAUAGUUUCGUAUACAUCCUAAUUGCACUUGGCAAGCUUGAUAUUUACUAUCCUCUAUAUAUGCACUUAGAGUUAGAUGGAUUAAUGUGUCAACCCAUCCUUGGACAGUUAUUUAUCUCCCGUACUUUCUUCACCUUAUGUUGAGACCUAGUUCAAUACACUUGGUUUCGUAUGUUAAUUAAAUAUUAAGAAUAGAAUAUUUCUUCAAUAGUAUAUGCAUAGGUACAUUAUAUAUAUAUAUAUAUAUAUAUAUAUACGGGAGAUAAAUAUAUAUAUAAUAUAUAUAUGUAUAUAUAUAUAUAUAUAUAUAUAUAUAUAUAUAUAUAUAUGUAACUGUAUAAAUCAUAAAUCAUCGAAUGAUAGAGAAAGCGUCAUUAUUUUAAAUGACAAAAUUACAGGAAAGAUACAUAUUCGUAUUAUCGUUAAUUGUGAUGGCUAUUGCGACAAAAAAACGGAAGUGGAAAUUGUGGUAUUAGAAGGCCGUCACGAGACGAAACAGCUUCUCGAGAAUGAAUCAUGAUUUAUAGGUAUCCUUGAGGUACAUGUAUAUAUGUGCCUGAAAUACCUAGGUAGCUGUAUGUCACAUACUACCUACUUGAAAAUUCAUGAUUCAAUUUCAAUAAAUUGUCGUAAACAUCGUAACACAUCUAGGCAUAAGACAUAUAUAAACAAGGAGCAAGAUUACAGAAUUAAUUUUUAUAUUUAACAUAGAGCUAAAGUAAGAUAAUUAAAUAAAUAUUUAAUAGAACUAAAAUAUACUUCCAAUAUAACUUAUUGAUGUAUAGCGUCAGAACUAUCAAUAUACCAAUAAAUCAUAAUUAAAAGAUACGCACCGAAGCCCUCGAAAAUAUAUUAAACGAUUAGUUAAGCGAUCGAAAGUAUCGUACAUUUAUUUUUAGAUUGUAUUUUAUUUAGCUAACAAGCGUUAACGUCAUAAACGAUUUUGAUGCACACUGAUGCAUGCUGAUGCAUACAAGCAUGCACACUCAAUGAAUUCAAUUAUCUAAUUGACUCCUGUAAUAUGUAUCUUUUUAUGAAAGAAGUAAAAUAAAUAAAAUAUAUAUAUAUAUAUUUAUAUAAUUAUAUAAUAUAUUUAUAUAUAAUAUGUAUGAUACUAUGUAUAUAUAUCUUAUAUUAUUUUGUUUACAUAAACUUCUUCUGUUAUAGAUUAUGCUUAGUAAUUGUUUUAAUUGGCUGUCGCGUAUAUUUAUCAAAAAAGAAACACUUACGUUACAAUUUGUCUAUAGCAAUGUGUUUUAUGUGUUAAAAGUACGUAAUACAUAAUGAAUAUGUUUGCACUAUAUGUAUAUUUUUCUAAAAUUUUUCUAAUUCGACCUAAUAUAAUUUAAAAACAAAGAUAUUUUCCAAGUAUUUUCGAAUAACAUUGAAUAUCAUCAACCCUUCACAGGGAUAAUUAUUACACUUAAUUGAUUUCAUGGCUUCCUUUCAAUCUAACUUCAAGGGUGUGCAGCGCAGCAUGACACCGUUCAUUUCAAUGUAUUCUCUUGAAAGUGACCGGAAAGUUACUAGGGAAUAUUACAAAUGAUGACAAGGAAAAUCCCUGAAUUUUCUUUAAGCACUUAUGCCACGUGUGUUCUACGAAAUUCUGUAAAUUUUAGAACCAAGGUUAAGAAAGACACCGUCGAGUUCCGUACUUAUAAAAUAUAUCGCAAAAUGUUGGCAUAAAGCGAAUGCAUUAGGAAUUUUUCAUCUCUUACGAAUCACAUUUCUUGGCAUUAGUACAUAUACAAUCGCGAAUAUUGCGUUAACAUAACGCAUUCUUAGCCUAGUCACAUAGUUAAAGAAGCAUAGAUAACGAAUAAAGAUAUGUCAAAUGAACGAUAUUUUCGAUGUGUACACUACAGAAUAAACUUAAAUUGUAACAUUGUUGCA